UGUGAAAAGACUGCCUCGUGGUGCCUUGCCUGGGAGGCCAGAGGAAAGAAGGCGGAAGCCCUGUGCGAGCAAUACCAUGAUCAAUGCAAUUUUUUUCUAAUUGAAAAUUUUAUUUUCCUCUUAAAUCUGAUUUUGAACAACCUUCUUUAGCAGCUCUAGGAGAUCAGAGCGUUUGCUGUUACUCCACAGAUUUCUCUAGGCGAGUCUGUGUAAUUCCCGCGAUGGCUCAGUUGCAGACACGCUUCUUCACUGACAACAAGAAGUAUGCAGUAGAUGAUGUUCCCUUCUCAAUCCCUGCAGCCUCUGAAAUUGCUGACCUUAGUAACAUCAUCAAUAAAUUGUUGGAGGCCAAAAAUGAAUUACACAAACAUGUGGAGUUUGAUUUCCUUAUCAAGGGUCAGUUUCUACGAAUGCCCUUGUUUAAACAUAUGGAAUUGGAAAACAUCUCAUCAGAAGAGGUUGUGGAACUAGAAUAUGUGGAGAAGUACACUGCACCUCAACCAGAGCAAUGCUUGUUCCAUGAUGACUGGAUCAGUUCAGUCAAAGGGGCAGAGGAAUGGAUCUUGACUGGCUCUUAUGAUAAAACUUCUCGGAUCUGGUCCUUGGAAGGAAAGUCAAUCAUGACAAUUGUGGGACAUACAGACGUUGUCAAAGAUACAGCCUGGGUGAAAAAAGAUAGUUUGUCUUGCCUACUAUUGAGUGCCUCUAUGGAUCAGACUAUUCUCUUAUGGGAAUGGAAUGUAGAGAGAAAUAAAGUGAAAGCCCUACACUGCUGCAGAGGUCACGCUGGAAGUGUGGAUUCUAUAGCUGUUGACAGCACAGGAACUAAAUUUUGCAGUGGUUCCUGGGACAAAAUGCUAAAGAUCUGGUCUACAGUACCUACAGAUGAAGAGGAUGAAAUGGAGGAAUCCACAAAUCGACCAAGAAAGAAACAGAAAACAGAGCAAUUGGGAUUAACAAGGACUCCCAUAGUGACUCUCUCUGGCCAUAAGGAAGCAAUUUCCUCCGUUCUGUGGUCUGAUGCUGAAGAAAUCUGUAGUGCAUCUUGGGAUCACACAAUUAGAGUGUGGGAUGUUGAGUCUGGCAGCCUUAAGUCAACUUUGACAGGAAAUAAAGUAUUUAAUUGCAUCUCCUAUUCUCCACUUUGUAAACGUUUAGCAUCUGGAAGCACAGAUAGGCAUAUCAGACUGUGGGAUCCUCGAACUAAAGAUGGAUCUUUGGUGUCGCUGUCCCUAACCUCACAUACAGGCUGGGUCACAUCAGUAAAAUGGUCUCCUACCCACGAACAGCAGCUGAUUUCAGGUUCUUUAGAUAAUAUUGUCAAGCUUUGGGAUAUAAGAAGUUGUAAGGCUCCUCUCUAUGAUCUGGCUGCUCAUGAAGACAAAGUUCUGAGUGUAGAUUGGACAGACACAGGGUUACUUCUGAGUGGAGGAGCAGACAACAAAUUGUAUUCCUACAGAUACUCACCUACCACUUCCCAUGUGGGGGCAUGAAAAUGAAUAAGUUUGACCACAGAGAUUCUACAUAUGAAACUGAUAAAUCUUCAGAGUACAUCAUUCGGAUUCAGAAAGCAGCUUUUUAUGUUCUUAUCCUUGAUAAUAGCUAUCACUGUUACCUUUAUUAUGUAUUUAUUAUGCAAUAGUUUGUGUUUACAGAAUACAAAAAUGUGGCCUGUACUGUCUACCUUAUGUAACUCUAGAAAUUAAAUGUUUUUAAUUUCUUUUCAAGGAUACUAGCUUAAGAUUGGCUUUUGAAAUACUAUAAAGGCAUAAAUUUAAAAAUGUAGUAGUUAAUGGUCCAGUAUUUUAUUUCUGAUGAUGAAACUUGUUAUUUGCUGUCCAAAAAAUCUAAAGAAAACUAAACUUUAAGAGAAAAAUUAGUAUUUGCUUUAGGUAUUCAGAACAUUAAGAUAAUGUAAAU